GACCAUCCUUCUACGCUGACCAGCAUGAAUAACCUUGCCUUUACGUUGCAUAGUCUCGGCCAGCACGCAGAAGCAAUAUCACUUAUGACGCGUUGCUUACAGAUACAAAGACGGAUUUUAGGGGUUCACCAUCCACAUACGUCGUCUUCCGCCAGGACAUUGGCUCAGUGG